CGCAGCCGCCGCCGUCGCAGAGCCCGGGGAGGCACCGGGCAGGGACAGCCGCCGCCGGAGGAGGCCGAGGCGGAGCGGAGCGCGCAGCAGCCGCCGCGGCGGGGGCAGAAAAUGGCUGUUCCACCUGCUUAUGCUGACCUGGGCAAAUCUGCCAGAGAUAUUUUCACCAAGGGAUAUGGUUUUGGGUUAAUAAAGCUUGAUUUGAAAACAAGAUCUGAAAAUGGACUGGAAUUUACAAGCUCAGGUUGCACAAACUCAGAAACAAACAAAGUCAGUGGUAGUUUGGAAACAAAAUACAAAUGGGUGGAAUAUGGAUUGAUGUUCACAGAAAAGUGGAACACCGACAACACACUAGGCACUGAGAUUACUCUUGAAGAUCAGCUUGCACAGGGCCUGAAGCUGACCUUUGACUCCACCUUCUCUCCUAACACUGGGAAAAAGAGUGCUAAAAUUAAGUCGGGGUACAAAAGGGAACACAUCAACAUUGGCUGUGACAUGGAUUUUGAUAUUGCGGGUCCUUCAAUACGUGGAGCUCUCGUGCUUGGCUACGAGGGGUGGCUGGCAGGCUACCAAAUGACUUUUGAGACGGCAAAGUCUAGAGUAACCCAGAGCAACUUCGCUGUUGGCUAUAAGACUGAUGAAUUCCAGCUUCAUACUAAUGUGAAUGAUGGAACGGAAUUUGGCGGCUCCAUUUACCAGAAGGUGAAUGAUAAACUGGAAACUGCUGUGAAUCUUGCUUGGACAGCUGGAAAUAGCAACACUCGCUUUGGAAUAGCAGCCAAGUAUCAGAUUGACCCAGAUGCCUCUUUUUCUGCUAAAGUGAACAACUCCAGUCUGAUUGGGUUAGGAUACACUCAGACUUUAAAGCCAGGUAUCAAACUGACGUUGUCAGCUUUGUUGGAUGGCAAGAAUGUCAAUGCAGGGGGUCACAAACUUGGUCUAGGAUUAGAAUUUGAAGCAUAAGGAGUGAUUUCACAAUUGCUGAUCUGAAAAUAGAGCAUAGUUACCUUCAGAAAAUAGUGUACCUUUCAAUGUUUUGUCUGGGGUGCAAGUGUUGCAACUAUCUGUCCUGCUAGUCCUGGCUAAAGACAGCUAACCUUUAAAAAUCAUGUUGUUAAAGAAGUGGAGACAAAAUCAUAAAUGAAAAACCUAACUUUUUUUCUGUAUGUAAUUGCUCAUCACAUCUGUCAUCUGCCAUGUGAUAAGAAGAAGGAAAGUGUUAAUUACCUCUACUAAUAUAUUGAUGGCACAAGGAAUGUGUUAAUGUGUUAUAAUAUCUGGGAAUUGCAUACCACUGUAUUGUACUGUUCAUUGUGUAAGCAAAAUGUUCUGAUACCUAAGGUUUCAGUCAAUGAGGGAAUGUGCAAACUUGUUUGAAAAAGGGAUUUUAAAAUUCAUUCUUUUAGAUAAGUGUUUCAUCAAUGGUUUGUCUUACUUUGUUAUCUCACACCUACUGCUGUCUCCAGAAUGCUUUAGGUUGUCCACCUUGUCGAAGUCCUUGUGGAGGAGGUUUGAUGUGACUCAGCCAAUACUGCCUGUCCUGUGUUGUGGUUCUUUCCCCUUGCACUCAUGGAAAAGCUUUUUAAAUGGACAUAAUCAGGGAAGAGUCUUUGCAACUGCAAUCGUAUAGUUGCAUCACUAAUUCUAAACCAGAGUUUACUUUUAUUACCACUUUUUUUUAGCAACUAAAUGGGUACAUUUUUAGAGAGUCUUCCAUUUUGUGUGGAACUAGACCCCAAAAUGCUGUACUUGACACUACUAAAAAUGGAUAAACCCCCCAAACCUGACUUGAAUAAAAUAUUGAAAUGUUA